CUCUGCUGGUGACCAUUAGAUGAAAGCCGAGCGGCCCCGCCAUCACCGCCCUCCGCCCGUCUUUUCCCCUCGCCGCCGCAUGGAGCUGCUCGGAGUUCGGCAUUUGUGAUCCCUCGUCUUGCACUUGCAGCCAAAGCAUCCGCUCACGCUCCGUCUGGACUGUCGCGUCGCCUUGCUGUGUGGCUACCAUCUGGAGCCACUCACCCGCUUUGCCCUGCCUGAAUCAUGGACGACAACCCCAGUCCUGAGGACCGGGUCGCCAUUGAUGAGCUGACGCCCGAGGAGGCCAGCCGCAUCAUCCAUUCUCACCGCAAGGUCCGCUAUGGUACCGCCUGCUGGCCAUGUCGCCAACGCAAGGUCAAGUGUGAUAACAAGCAGCCCUGCGAGAACUGCGUCAAGCGAGAACAUCCUCGGCUAUGCUCCUAUAAGCCCAACCGCUCCUCUACGGCCACGGCCAAGAACCCGUCCACGGCCUCCGAGGCAAGCCAGUCAAAUCGGAAGAGGACUCACUCCUUCUCUGACCCUCGUGAGGAGGUCGUCCGCAAAGUCGAACGCCAGGAUAGCUGGCCACGAACCAUCACCAGUAUCGAUGAGCCAGAAUCCGCGGGGGACCGCUACCUGGGACAGAACAGCAUUCCCGCCUUGCUUCGGGAGCAGUCGUCGCCCAUGACCAAAAACGACAAUGUUGACAUCCGCCAGGAUAUGCGGUCCAUCCUCGGCUUGGACACAUCAGCUCCGUUCCCGUUGAUGUCAGCCCACCACCUCCAAAGAAUGACCCAGGACAUUUCCAACGAGUUGCCCUCUGACAGAGAGGUCAUGAAGCUGUUCCGUGCCUACAAAGAAAUACCGCAGCCUUUCUGGGGAUUUGUGAUGGAUGUGGAUGAACUCGAAUCAAAACUCAUGGUCUACCUCGAGGAUCGCUCCCGUAAUGCGACCAACGGUGUCAGAUCAACAAAGCCCGUCACUGCUUCUUGGCUUGCCAUUCUCUUCGCCGUUUUGGCAGUAGGUUCGCAGUAUCAUGAAUCGCCCUACCACAUCCGUACUCGGGACUCCCAAAGAUACAUCCAAAUUUCAUUUCACUUCCUCCGGCUCGGAAAUUUCCUCCUCAGGCCCUCAUUCGACUCAAUCCAAGCCCUUCUUUUGACCUGUUUUGUUCUCCUCAACGAUAUGAAAGCCGAGGCCUCCUGGGCUUUGAUGGGGCUGACAUGUCGCCUCGCCCAAUCACUUGGCCUGCAUAGGCCGACGCCCAGCGAAAGUCGCGACAGCACCCCGCCAAACACCCAAUCGAAGGAGAUGAUCCGGCGAAGACUCUGGUGGAGUGUUGUCUGGCAUGAUACUCUAACAUCACUGUCUUUUGAUAGGUGUCCGAUGACCAACUUCCCCUGCUGCCCGAUCCCUGUCAGUUCGACAACCCCCAAUGGCAACUUAUCCUACUUGGAGACCAUGUAUCACCUCAUGGACAUCAUCUCUCGCCGGCUCGUACCGGACGUGGUUUCCACCACUUCGUACGACCAGAUUGUGGAAAACUGUGACGCUGUGGAAGCACUCCGCACUCGAACAUGCCCCCAGCUUCAAUUCAAAGAAAGCUGCAAGACGGCACUCGACAGACUACAACACUAUGCCAUCCGCCUCCAUACCUCCUUUGUCAUAUCUGUCGCCUGUCGCCCGGCUCUACGAAGGGACUGUGAGAUGGACCCGGAACAGAAAAAGUCACUAGCGGACCGAUGCAAAACCAACCUGACCGAAACGGUCCGAAUGUUCCUGGCCAUGCAUCAAUUGUCGGCCAUCCCAACCAGGAGCUGGGCAUUUACGUACCAUGGCUUGUCUUCUGCCCUUUUGCUGGGUAUACUCUCCGAGAGCAAGACCGACCCGGAAGUUCGGCAGCUCCAGGGUGAUUUGAUCGCCGCUCUCUCGGCCACGGCGGCCAAGGAUGCUAGCUCUCCCGAGCCUCACGUCAUGACAACCGAUAAGGACAUUGAGUUAUCUGGGCCUCUAUGGAGAGCCUUGACCGCUUUGAAGAAUAUUUACGACCACGGUUCUGUUGUCGGCUCUAACUUGAAAAGAGAGGGAGACUCAUCUGUCAGUGGUAGCGGGACCAGGACACCAAUGCUUCCCUUCGGACCUGGAAGCCAGCUUAUUACCCCGAACAAUGGACAGUUCCGCAGCGUACCUCAAGGAUCCGACCCGCGAGAGGAUGCUGCUUUAGCUAUGGCAGAGAUGCAAAACGGAGGCGCUACAUUGCAGGAUUUCGCCGGGAUCCCAUACGGUCAACAGAUGCAACCCAACAGCCUCCAACUGGAUAACAUGGGCGCAAUCACUGUAGAUCCCACGCAGUACAUGGCGCCAAUGGACCUCUACGAGUCCAUCUGGGGUGAAUCGCCCGAUCCGUGGAACACGGGCAUGGAUUCGCUGAACUUUGACUUCCUGGCCCAGCCGCCCCCUGGACAGCCACAGCAGCAGUUCUAUUUCUAGUAUCUAUUGUUAAUGUCGAAUUGGUCAAAUCGGACCUUCAAAAUGACUCGAGCGGGCGUGGGUAUUAUUGGAAUGGAGGAUUGAUUUCACUACGGGUAUUUGUAUAUAAUUGGAACCAGGUAUGACGGGCAUGUCAAGGCGCGAAAGAACGAGCGAUUACGGAACGACUC